AUGGUUUAAUUGAUUGGUAUGAUCGGCAAGAUAGACAAUGGCAUCCUACCAUUAAAACACCUCUUCACAAUCAUCAAAAAACUAUUGAGUGCAUUCAAUGGCACAAGGUUUGGGCAAGGGAACAUCAUCGAAUUCAAUCCAACAAAGCUUCCAAAGAGAUCUUUAAACACUUGAAACAAUUCUCCCGAAUUCAAGCCCGCACAUCAAGUUGGAGAAUUUCCAGCUACGGCAAUGAAGAAAGCAAUGAACAACUUCCAAAGCUCAAUGCCAACCUUCUCCUUAAUGAAAUGGAACCAAUGGGUAGAAUUCAAGUAAAUAAUCAAGAUGAUUUUGUAUUCAUGAAUCAACGUGAGUUUGAUAGUCCAAAUGAUUUGGGUGGAGAUAUUGAAGAGGAUAAACAAUUGAUUGAAGCCAAAGAGACGGCUAAACUUAUCCAACUAAAAGAGGAAAAGUUUUUAGAAGAUCAAUUGCGUCCAUGGAGGCGGUCAUUUCGACAAUCAUGGAGACCUUGUCUACACAAUCAUAGCAACAAGCAUCUUAGGAGGCCUUUCAAGUAUUUUUUCAAAAUGGGGUUUCAUCAACAAAUCAAGACUAUCCCAUACACAAUCACUCUUGAACCAAGUCAAGGAUAUAAACUUUUGCCCAUGGAAGAGCGCGAAAGGUGGAGACAUGAAAUGCCCGCGGCACAAUAUGUUUUGGAAUGUCAGCUACUUGAAAGAAUGAUGCUAAAGAUCAACUACUUGAAUAAUCCUCGAUUUUGUAGAGAACCAAAGACUUCUCAGGCUUUAGAAAUUUAUAGAGAAAAAGACCCAACUAGAUGUUUGCCAUAUUGGAUAGAGUCUCCGGCUAAAGCAAUGAAAGAAUAUAUUCAUUUGAAUCCACCAAUUUUAGUUUUUGAUGGCUAUGAACCUGAAAAAACAUAUGUAGCACAUUUGCAUGUUAUGAAUAAAAGUCCUUGGAGCCAACGCCUUCGAUUCAUAAAACCAUCUGGUGACAAAUUUUCUAUGUUUUCCAAAGAAGAUCCAUUUCAAGGGAAAAUAUUGAUAUCAGGCAUGUUUUGCCGGUUUGAUGUUGUAUUCAAACCAAGAUCAGCUAUUGACUGUAGUGAUGAGAUACAAGUUCAAUCAGAAAUGGAUACGGUUGUCAUAACACUAAAGUCAAUAAAUCCUUUUCCAAUUGUGGUAUUCCCCCAUAUUAUCAAUUUGGGUUAUUGCCUUACAAACCAUUCAGUAGCAGCUUCUUACACAUUCACAUGCAAAGAGGCUGGAGCUCAUUUUGCAAUGUAUGGAUUUUGUAAUGACUUAGAGUGGACUUUAAUGGGCACCAAAUGGACCCAAGACCCUCGUUAUGUAGGCCUUCAAGAGCGUUACAUUGAAAAGAAUCUUAUUUUUUUCCCUCCAUUCUUAGCCUACCCUCAAGAGACAAAACUAAAAAAGAAUGAAACACAAGAUUUGAUUGUCCUCUUUCAACCUUCGAAGUGUGGACCCUUUGGUGGAGUGUUGCAAAUUGAAACAUCAAUGGGCCGCCAUUGGGAAAUACUUGUGAAAGGCCAUGGUGUGGCACUUCAAGUAACAUGUAAUAAGUUUGAUGGAAGAGAAUGGAGAGUUGGAGAGUUUGAAAGGGGCAUCCCAUUUGGUAGUUGCACCAUUGGAACAACAUCAAGUCAUUUUGUAUCAAUCAAAAAUGAUUGUGAGGUUCCCCUACGUUUUUAUUGGUUAAAUUCUAAAGAAACCCAAAUUGCCUCAACAAAUGAAAUCACUUCCAAAGGAAAUAAAACUUCAAAGAGUGUUGUGCAAGAAAACAUUGGUGUGGAAUCUCAACUUGAAUUUGUGAUUAAACCUACAUUUGGUGUGAUUCCAGCAUUGAGUGAGAUGGAGGCUAUUGUAAGUUUUACACCAACCAAUUUCAAAAGCUAUCAACAAAUGAUGUGCUUGUAUGUUGAUACUCGAGCUAGUCAUCCUCUUGCAUCAAACAAUUGGAAACAUGUCAAAAAUGAGCUUUUGACUCUUGAAAAUGAAAAUGGAAGUGGAAUGAGUGUUGGAACACAACCCUACAAUCUUACAAAUGAAGAACUUACAAUUGAAAGAGUUGAUAACAUGGGUAGUGUUUUCAAGGUUUUAGAAUUUCCAACAAGCGGGUGUGGAAUACCCAUAGAUGUCCAAUGCAUACCUUCUUUUCUAAGCAUUGCUGGUGGGCUCACAAUUGGAACGGUUCGGAAUUACAAGAUCAAAAUCCAAAACAAUAGUGGAUCAAAAGUAAAAUUCUCAUGGGAGCGACCUAAAACAGUGUACGAUAAUGGUGUCUGCAGCAAUGCGGUUUAUUUUGAACCAUUUUCGGGUGAAAUUCAAGGUUACGAGCAUCUAGAUGUUAAUGCCAUUGUGAAAGCAAGAAAAGUUGGUUCUUUUCACAAAGUGUGCCGCUGUCUUAUAACAAGUUUGAAUGAAAGCAGUAAGGAAGGAGCUGAAAUAUUUUUUCAAAUUUCAGGGCAUACAAGGGGCCCUUGUAUAAGUAUAACACCUGCUGUUAUUGACUAUGGUUUAAUACAAAUUGGAAGCACAUACAAUCAGGAUCUCAUAUUAACAAAUGAAAGUGGGUGUCAAGCCACAUUCAAACUGUACACAGUUCAUGAUCCUGAACACGACAAAAUUUUGACCUCGAGAGGCAAACCCGUUUCAUUAUCAUCAUAUGGUGAUGCUUUGCAAGGGUUUAAAAUGGGUUUUCCUUCCCCACACUCAUGCCAACAAACAAAAAAUGAACAAUUUGGUCCAACGGAUCUCAUAGAGUCUUUUUCCUUGGUGAAGGUUUGUAGACGAGUAUGGUACCCGAAGGGUGUGCCAUAUCCCGAAGAUGAUUUGCAACAAAAGAUCAUCUUCCACCCAAGUUCCGGAGUGCUUGAAAAAGAACAAUCAUGUACCAUAAGGGCCAUUUUGAAGGGAACCAGACUUGGGUACAUGCGUCUAGCCAUUAUUUGCAAUGUAGCAGAGUUAACAGGUCCUACAAGUAUGGCUGUGGCCAGAGCAGAGAUUGAUGCGCCCAGAGCCUGUUUGCUUCCACCAAUGAUGGACUUAGGGAUUCAAUAUCUACAUUGCAAAAUUGAAAGGACUGUCAUUUUGAAAAACUUACGAGCACUGCCUGUGUGUUACAAUUGGUGGAACAAUGACGGAGUUGGGGAUCACAAGCAAGCUCAAAUUUCUUGGUCCCAAGGAUCCGGCAAAAUUCCACCAAGGGGAGAAGUUGAAUUGACAUUUACAUUUGAUCCACAAGGGGUUGGUCCUUUUGAAUGCAUUUUGGUGUGUGAAGUGUGGAAACAACAAUUUCCAUUGGGAUUGUUGCUCAAGGCAUUCAUUGUUGACAUACAAGUGAGUUUUCAUGUGUUUCGUCUAGAAGUGGAUGACGGGUACCAACAAUCUGGUCGUAGCAUUGCUUUUGAGAGGAUUGGGAAAUUGCAACAUGAAAGAAUGUAUGGUCGACCUUCAAUAAGUGGUGGUAGAUGCUACAAAGCCCCAUCUCUUGAUGAUCCUAAAGUCCCAUGUUUGGACUUUGGACGGCGUAACAUUGUGCAUCGUGUUCACUCAUUCAAGCUCCUCAUUCAAAAUCACUCGCCCAUAGAAGCAAAUGUACAUGUGCGAGUCACAAACCAUCCAAGUGAACCUGAGUUUGCUUUAGUGGAAGAUGAGUUAUGGAUGCUUUCAGCUUUGACAGGCCACUUGUCAACCUUGACUGUGAACCACCGAGAUCCAUAUCAAUCAGCCUUGACGAAUAAAGCACAACAAUUUCCAUCACUUGCACCACAAGAUGCAAACCAUUCUCGUUUUUUUUCUAGCAUGGGAAAGUCAAUGGUGUGGCGCCGAAUUGAAGGUGCAAUGCAUGAAGCCAUGAUCAAAGAAGGCCAGAGUGUGGGAUUUUUAAUAUAUCCUUUAUCUACUGGAGUUUUACAACCAUGGUCUGAAUGGUCAUGUGAAGUUGUGUGUUUUAGCACUUUACCUGGAUUUUACAAAGACACUCUUGUUGUGAAGAUAGGACAGCUAUUGCCAUUUUAUAUACCUGUAGAAAUUGAGUUGGUGGGAAAUCCAUUGGUUUCAAGAAUCAAUUAUUUAGAGCCUAGUGGAUUACAAGAUAUUAAGGAAACUCCUGAGCUUGUGUUGACGUGGAACACAAUGCCAGUGGGGAACCCAGUUGUGCGUCGAGCAUUUUGGAUCUAUAAUACAUCACCCUUCAAUAUGGUGGUUGAAUGGCAAAUAAUGAAGCCCAUGUUAAAUGAAGAUGAUCUUGAUGUCAAAGUUGUUUUUGACAUUGAAGAAAAUCAUGAGAAUAUGUUACAUUGUAUGCUAAUUCCGGAGAGGAAUGGAGAAGAUUGGAUCAUUAGAGUUUGCAUUCAAGAGCACUUGGGCAUUGACUUCAAAAACAAAAUACACUUAACAUUUCAAGACUUCAUGGAGCCAUAUCCAAAAGCAGAAACUCCUCCAUUUCGAAUUGUUCCACAAAAACAAGUGAUACUGGGCCAGCGCAGCAGCCAAUUCUCCGUCACUUUCCAGUGCUCGGAAGCCGCGAGCUACAAGGCGAUCUUCAUCGGCAGAACGCUGAUCCACGACGGUCAGUUCCAGCUCAAAGCAGAGGCACCGCAGUUCGCAUUCGAUAGUACCCUCGAGAAACUAGACAAGCAGUUCAUCUACAGGCGUCCGUCGACAAUGCACGUCUGCGAGCACGUCGUCACAUACUUCAAUAAACGGACCUCGCAGUUCCAGUCGCUGCUGGUGCACAAGACGUCUGUAGGGGACCACGUGCACCUGGAGCAGCUGAAUCAGAGGAAGUCUAGUAAGAAAGGGGGAGCGUGGGCUGAGUUCGGGAGGAAAAAAUCAGGAGUCCACAGACUGAACCACGAGGAUGACAUGUUCGAUCAGGUGGCUAGUGAUGAAAUCGCGGAGGAAGGGAAUUAUGCAGUGAGCGUUCUGGACAUUCCCAAUGCUCUGAUCACGGAUGCGUUUGCUCCCAACCAGGAGAUUGAUCUGAUCCAGCCUCUGCGUGUGACUGUCGUUGCUCGUCUUGUUGUUCCAAGGUUGUAUUGUAAUGUGGAUGAUAACAUAAGUUUCUUAGUACAUGGAAGUCUGCCCAUUGAGCAAAGAUUUGAAACGAAGUCUUUGUUUCUAACCAACACAUAUCUCGAGCGCAUUCUGUUCUCCAUUGUGGCGCCUCCACCUUUCUAUGUGCUGAAUGCGACCCAUGGCAUCGUUGAGCCGAUCACUGAUGGGGCGGCUACACGGUGUUUGUCAAUAAUAAAAGACCCAGUGCGGGAACCUGAGCCGGGUCACUACAGGCUACUGGCAGAUUGGACUCUGCAACUUUCUCUUCGAUUCAGACCUCUCCUUAAUGAUGGAGAUUGGUAUCCGGAAGACGAAGUUAUUGAACAAGAACUUGUCAUUUCAUUCCAAGAUAGACACAAACAGAUAAUCACUAUGUAUGGAGACAUCCGGUAUCCUGAGGUGACAUUGCAGACGGAGAUCCUCUCGUUCGGGACAGUAGUUUGUCCCGAUUGCGCGCGGUGUCAGGACUUCACCAUUUCAAAUACAAGCGUUGUUCCUUUAGACUGGCGUAUUGUGACAGAAAAGAGCCACCUAGACAUGGUUGAGUGUGCUGAGCUUGAUGGUUUCGUCAAUUGGCAGCAUUUGAAGGACCUCAACAAAAGAUGGCCGGUGAUAUGGAAGGCAACUCCCGAGAGUGGACGAAUACCUGGCAGAGAAGGCUGUAUGGGCGAAGUAUACAAGCAAAUAGUCACUAUAACAUUCUCUCCGUUCGAGCCCCUCGCUUACGCCGAGACUAUUUGGAUUGAAGCCUUCCGUGGUAGAGGUCACAGGCUAGUUCUGGAAGGUCAAGGAAGCGCGAUUAUUACACCGAGGCCUGUAGUUGGUCUGGCCGCCCCCGCUGCCACUGCAGGGACGGCGAAAGCUUCGUCCAAAAUGACGAAGAGAAAGUCGUCAGCCAAAAUAUAAACAGACCAUCCCGGUCAAAUUUAGGCAAUUUAAGAUACUUCAGGUGAUUCAUAGCAAUCUCAUCAAGGCCAUGCUCGAUGCUCUUUCUAGGUCGAUCGCUUGUGUGUGGGAGACCCACGUAUGCGCAUCGAAGACCAUUUUCAAAUCGAAAGUACUUACAGUUGUGUACGGCCAGGACGUUGUCCUUUGCCAUCACGGAAGCAAUCACUUACGCAGUCAACAAUCCUUGAAGAUCUAUGUUGGCUCUUUAGAAUUACAAAGUCUACUUCAGUAAAAUGUGUUUAAAAUUUGCGCCAACAUUCAAACACCGAUUUAUAUUCACAUCUGAUUGAGUACGAUUGUCCCGUG